UAAAACACUUACCCGUACAAAAUAUUAAUUUGAUAUUUGUGCAAUUCGUAGCCGUAAACUGUACGGUAAUGAAGAUCUUCUGUUAUAUUCUUUUGACCAUUUUAGCUACAAGCGAAAAAUGUAAUAGUGAUAGUCAUUGUAAUGGACAUGGUUGCUCUGGUGAUAGUAAAAUGGCUGAUCAACAAGAGCCUGAUAGUAAAGACGGAUUCUACGAUGAUAAAAGGAGAGAUAUAGAUAACGUUGCAGCUCGUCUCUUUCAACCACGACACAGCCACAUAAUGGAGCCUUUCGAAAGGGGUGUUCCAUCUUCAUCAAGACAUCGGCCUCCGUUCCCCCCAUUUACAAAAGAAUCACCCUUUUUCAAACCUGAGUCAGGCUCGCAUUAUCGGAGUGAAGUUUAUCCCCCCAGUAAUGGUAGUAAUCACCCACAACCAGCUGCUAACCAAUCAAAAUGUUUGAAUGUCGAGGAUCCAAACUAUCCAGCGCCAAAUCCAAAUGGUGAUUCCAAGGAUAGCAGCUGUAAGUGCGGCAAAUGUAAUGUAAUAAGCAUUAAUGUUAACAUUGAUUAGAGUACAUUGGACUAAAAUUAUUAAACUUUUAUUUUUAUUUUUUAUUUUAAGUAACCUUUUUCUUUGAGUGUAAGUCAUGUUACUAUGAGUUAAAACUAUUAUUUACAAUGUAAGUAUCUUUUUAUUACUUGAAAAUCAAAAAUUUGUUUUUGUAAAAAGGCAAAGCGUAUGUCAUGUCAAAAAUGAUAUUUUUGACGUCUUGAUCAUGGUAAAGACAAUUAUUUGAAAGCUGUAGGCGGGCAAAGAGGAUACAGUUUUAAGGUAUUUUAAAUGCAUAAGUAUUUCUCCUAAUUUUCUUCCUAUUGGAUAACAAGUUUAAAUAUACAUGAAUU